CGAUUCUGUCGUUUUCCCGCUCAUCCUUGGGCACUGGUGCUCUCUCUGAUUCCCCGACCGAUCGCCGGACAACAGAAGAUCCGCCGCAUGCUCUUCCCCAUUUGCCACGUGUCGACUUGUUAACUUCUCUCUCGUCUCGGGAAACUAAAGGAGCCCGCCCGUUGUGUGCCAAAUGGCGCAGCAGAGCGUACGCUGCUGUUUCUCUUGCCUGCGACCGGAGAGCUGCUCGGCUCUCUUGCGAGGCAACCUUCAGGCGGGGGCGGGUUCCGCCCCGUCUGCUGCCACGUCGAUCAGUUGGCGAUCGCCGGCUUGGCGCGGAGGCGCAAGGGGGACGUCGUCGCGAUCGCAAGCUCGGCGCGCAGGCGCAGGGGUGACGUCGUCCGCGACGAAGGGCGGGUUGGCGCCGGCCACAGUGGGCAGGGAGACUUGGCUGAGAAGCUCGGCGCGCAGUACAGGAAGGCAUGCAGUAACCGUAAGAAGAAGACGGGGGGCCCCGCAGAGGCGGCCUGGUGUGUGUUAUGCUCAAGAGUACAAGGUGGAGAUACUUAAAGAGGGUGAAGUGCACACGCUCACGGUUCCUGAUGACAUGUCUAUAUUGGAAGCGGCAUUAGAUAGUGGAUUAGAGCUUUCACACGAUUGCAAAUUGGGGGUUUGCAUGACUUGUCCUGCCAAGCUGGAGAGCGGUCAGGUGGACCAGGAGGGCGCAAUGCUUAGCGAGGACGUGUUGAAGGAGGGGUAUGCUCUGUUGUGUGUGUCGCAGCCUAGAUCUGAUUGCAAAAUACGAAUUAUCAGCGAAGACGAGCUUCUGGAUGUUCAGCUAGUAACCUCUCAAAUGUGACGCUGAGGACAGUGAUUGCCUUGUCUAUUAUCACUGCUUGGGCGUUCUCAUUUUCCAUUUUUGGCUGCUUUACACUCGUUACAUGCUGCUGAAAACGUGCACAGCACCCGCACAGAAGUUGGUCUUUUACUAAGGAGUCUAUGUGUAGAACAACUGUACGUCUCAUGGCCAAACGCUCAACUGGUGCACAGGCCAUGAGACCUCUGGCUCCUUCGGUCGCUCUCCUUGCUACUGUGCGUCCACCAUUCAUUGUGGAUACAGAUUGGCUUAAAGAUAUGGCGGUCUCUCUCGAGUCCUCUCUCUCUCUCUCGAGUCCACUCUCUCUCUUAAGUCUUCUCUCUCUGAAUUCUUGGGGGCAAUGACCGCUGUCGGCAGUGAUUGCCAUCUGUCAGUGGGGCUCAUGAAUAUCAUCCCUCUCCUCUUGUCGGCUACGUCGGCUUUCUUGUCUAUGCAGAAACUGAAACAUCCCUUUUGGUCGGUCAGUCGUUGUGGGUCCAUCCUCCGAGCACAUGCUUUGUGCCGUGAGUGCUACCGGUAGUAAGAGGCAAGUCCUGUACGUGGAUAGUGAACGUUCAGAAACAGCAGGUUUAGGGAUGGGUAGCAAUCGCGCUGCUGGGGUGCAUAACAUGGGAGCACAGGAGGGUACCGUUGAUUGGAAACCAGGAUUGCCUGAUGGCCAGAAAGGGGAGGAGGAAGAAGAUUGGUUCUUAGCGAACGAUGGUGGAUUGGUUAGGUCCAUGCCAUUGGUAGUGGGAGGAGUAGGUGGUUGCCUAGUAGCAGAAGAUUGGUAUUGAACAGAGCGCUGUCAGGCAUUGCUCCAGUAGCAGACGCGAUCAGUGGUCAGUCUCGUGCGGAUGUUCUGUCCCUAGCGCUCUCAGCAAUUCUCUUGUUGACUUGUCUAACGUGGAAGAGCGUGCAGUCAAAACCGCCCGUGACGGUGCGGCUCCAAGGAGUCGAGUGUCUCCGUAUGAAUCCUGUUCUGUCUCCUAGGGCUUAUGAGGAGCUGUCGUGGGAAUGGCAGUUAGUGCAGAAAACAAUGAGGUGCAGAGGAGAGGUAUGGUGGUCAUUUACAGCGGACAAUGCAUGAUGCAAGCUGGCAUAGCGAGGCAGUCUGAGUGUGGAAGCGGCGAGGCGCAGGUUGUUGAUGCCCCUGCUCUAGUAAACAAACCUAUUUGCGGCGGGGUUCUGCAAUCUGGGAAGGCCAACUACUUCGGAAAAUCGCCCCUUUUCCCUGGCCGCGUGGAGUUUGACUCUCUGCCUAUUAAUACCCAGGCUGUUGUAGUUCAUCCCUUCGGAAAAUCGCCCCUUUUCCCUGGCCGCGUGUAGUUCUUAUCUUGGCAAGUGAUACUGUAAGAGGAUUUCGACCCAUCGACCAGGCUUGGAUUGCCACCAUUAGCGAG